UCUGCUUCCAUUCAUUCUCCGUCUCCUUUACUUCAUUCACUUCGUACUCAUUUGGGUCCACAGCCUCUGAGAUGUUGCGCAUGACUACAUUGCUAUAAUCUCCAACUUUCUUGAGUAAUGCUUCUUCAUUAUUGUUCUCAUACCAACUCAAGUUGUUCUCUUCUCUCCUCACGCAGCUCUCACAACUGGUCAGGCCCUUUCCUCCCUUCUUUUUGGGUACGUAUAUUCUGGUAACAUCACUUCUAGGGGUGUCGCUCCUUAUUCAUUGUCAUGAUUUUUCUAGACCUCCUACCUACUUCCUGAAGUUCCUCCUUAUUCUAUUUAAUUGUUCCUGUUGGUACCUCAUGUUCGUACCUUGACACAGCCCAAGUGUUUGCUGCUUUGAUCUUGUUCUUACCAUUGAGCUGAGAUUUCAUGACAAGUUUGAACCGCCAUAAGUGCUCCGUUCGAAAUGUCUUUCUUUUCCCUCACCUUAAACUUGUCCAACUCUAGAAUGCCUAGAUACUUGUAACCUUCGUCAUCAACUUCCUUUAUCGCCUGUCCAUUUAUCAACUUAAUACCCUCAUUUUAAAACAACUUCCCUAGGGCGUUUCAGCUCCACAACACCACAUUUCUUUAUCCCAAAUCCCAUUCCUUUGUCUUGCCUAAUCAACUGUACUGUCGAUACAAGGCUUUCAAUCUCUGCUUUACCCUUGCCAUAGACCUUCAAGUCAUCCAUAAAGGACAAAUGAUAUAUUUUGACGUCUCUUAAGGUAUAUCCAGCUUUGGCACCUUGUAGGAUCUUGGCCAAGGGUACCAUGCAAACAGCGAAGAUAAGGAGUGACAGGCUGUCUCCUUGAAAGAUACCCCGUCUAAUAUCAACUAAAUCAAGUGUCUCUCCAGAAGAUACCAGUUCUGUCUUCCACUUUACCAUGGAUUUCUGCAGAAAAGUCAUUAUAUUUUCCGUUACCUGUGCGAUUUUAGGCUUGGAUAAUCCAAGAGUAAGGAACCAUAUCUAUGCUUUCUUAUAGUCCACCCACGCCAUAGCCAAGUUCUUGAGCUUUCUUUUGCAAUCAGCAAGGACCACCUUAUCAAUCAACAACUGAUCUUUUAUGCCUCUGCUCUUUCUCCUACAUCCCUUCUGUUCUUCUACGGGCAAAGCAUCGUUUUCUACAAAGAAUUCAUACACACUAUCAGCUAUGAUCCCUGUUAUCAGUUUCCAAAUAAGUGGUAGACAGGAUAUGGGUCGCGAUAGUUAUCAACAGCACUACCUCUUUCUUGGUCUUUCUGACACAGCAUAGUCCUUCCAGUUGUCAUCAUCCAUACAGGUAUGGUGACCCUGUUAUUUAUCAAAUCAUUCAUGUGGUCCGCCAUUCGUUCAUGUAAUGCUGUCAAUUUUGUUGAUCCAGUAGCCUUGGACGCCAUCAGGGCCAGGUGCCUUCCAAUGGAGGAUCUUCUUCGGCCUUGCUGUCACCAUUUCAGCUGUUAUUACAAUGUCCGGCUGUCUAGCUUCUACUCUUUCCUUUUUAUUGUUGUUGUUAUUAUUAUUAUUAUUAUUAUUAUUAUUAUGAUUAUUAUUAUGUCAUUUAACUGUUGGAGCCCUCAAGAAAUGAUAUCGUGUUGAGUUAUUUACGUGUUUUAAUCCCAUGUAUAUAUAGUAACGAAAAGGAGACAGUAGGUACUCCAGGAGUACCAAGACACUGCUGAUUUUCCAACAUGCUUAAUAUGUUCCAUUAAUUACUUUUUUCUUUUCAUCCAUGUAGGUCCCCAAGGCCCUCCAGGAACACCAGGUCCCCGCGGACCAAGAGGAUUACCAGGUCCCCGCGGAAAAUCAGGAGGACCAGGCCCUCGUGGUCGUCGAGGACGUCCUGGUAAACCUGGAAAAGACGGAUCUCCCGGCGCACAGGGUCCACGAGGGAACCCUGGGAAAAGUCUCGGUGUAAAUACCUCGGAUAUUGAAAGCCUCAUCGAGACAUUGAAGAAUUACAAUCAAGCAGAGGUAGCGAUGUUUGGUGAGUAGGAACGUGAUCAAGGUGUUGGAAAAAGUCUUUACAAAUCAUAUGCUGUAUUGCUUCUACUUUCAAGAAUAUACUUAUGAAAAUCUUGUUAUAUCUUAUAUGUGAUUGCCUCACGUACAGCCCCUCCUCGAUUCACAAACAAACCGCCACCACUCAUCUUCAUCAAGGAGGGCGGAAAUCUGUCAGUAACUAUCUCCGUGUCCGGCUAUCCAACACCUAAGGUCACGUGGUCUAUGCAGGGUAAAAACCGUGGAAACCAAACGCGAUUCAAGACUACCCUUGACAAGUUUGAUAUAGACGAUGUUCGCUUCGAAGAUGAGGGAGUGAUCACGUGUCGCGCUGAAAAUGUGUUUGGUGUUCAAGAGACUAAAGUAGAACUUACUGUUUUAGGUGAGUGCGCUGGUAAUUUAGCUUUAAACCCUUGUAAUGAUCAUGAUCAUUGGGGCUAUAUGUAUACGUGAACUAAGCAGUUGACACAGAAAAAAAAACACUGUCCUAAAAAAAGUCAGGAAUGAAAGGGAUUCAAAACUUGAAUGACCUCCGCGGUGUCAGUGCAGUUGCUCUUACCAGUGCAAAAGCUGCUGUUUGACAUGCAUUUGUCGAGGAUGAAAAUAUCGAGGAAAGUACAUGAAUUUCUUUCAACAGUUAUUUAAAAAAUCUUUUUCGGAAAGAAAGUAGUUUCAAAUCCCUCUAUUCACUAUUUUCACAUUGUCCAUCAUAAAAUUGGUUACCCCUUCAAGAUUUCCCUCAAGUAUUGUUUUUAAUCAUUUCUCUUUGGAUGACAUUGACUGUUAUCCCCACGGCAAGAGAAAGUAUUAAAAAAUAUAUAUUCACAAAGUGAUAACUUGUUUAAUAAAUCAGAAUAUGAUCAGGAGCAUUUUCAAGUAGCGUUUCCAAGAGCUUGCCGGUCCGGAAAAGAUCACGUGAUGACAACAAACAGGAUAAAUUCGAAAACAUAUAGAAAUCUUGAAAGCAUUAGUCGUCAUCAGUAGUUUUUUGGUUGUAAUAUUGACAUCUUAUUUCUUUAUUUUGGCCUAAAGGUGCCCCAAGAUUCCCCGAGUCCCCCCCAGGGCAAGUGACUGGCUUUCUAGGUAAAGAGACAAGGUUGCCCUGCGACCUUCUUGGAAAUCCUACACCUGAGGUUAAAUGGACCAGAUCUCCCCAAGCACCGCUUCCUCAGGGACGGAGUGAAGUGAGAAAAGACGGCCUUUAUAUCAACAACACCAAAAAUGAGGACGGAGGCGUCUACACUUGUUUUGCGACUAAUGGAUAUGGUAUGGUCAUUCACGGAAUAUUCCUCAAAGUCAAAGCAGUUGGUAAGUGAGAUCAAAGUUAUCGUCAACCCAACUAGCGUCGCUUUUGUAGGAUAUAUAUCAAUUUUGACCUUAUAAAUAUUAUUAGUCUCCUUUUUUAUUUGAAACGAAGUACUACAAUAACCUUAUAUGCAAAAAAGACGCGAUUUGAAGGAAAUUCGAAAUUUUUUACUAACUUUUUAAGUUUGUCUUUUGGUUUGUUCUAUGUAAUUUAUACCCUUUCCGCUGAUCAAGAUAACCGAGGCGUUCAAUAGUGAGGCGUAUCCUGACGUCAUGUGCAUGUUAUAUGUAGAACAAGGAACUCGCAUUACCUUACCUCAGUGUGUUGUAUAUUAUAAACGAAGGAAACAGUGAGUGUUUUUUCGCCGCUUCUCGUAUCUUUGUCCCAACGUCGCCGCUUAAAGAAAGUCUUUGUGAAAAGAAUGUCAGCAGUAAGGUAGUUGAAGCUGUAGAUAACAUUAAACCAUUCCAGACGAUUCGCUCGAGCCUUAUGGCCUGGAGGAUGUUCGCGGUAUGCGUUCAAUAUCAGAGUUCUUCUGCACUUCAUGGGUACGCAUUCGAUUGUUUCUUACAAAGCCCUUCAGAGAAAUUCAUGUUGACGACACGUGAAAACGGCAAUUAUAUUUACUAUAGUUAAAACGUGAAGAACACAAACUUUCGUCACACAAAUAAGUUUCGUUUUACAGGGAUUGAGAUUAUGUUUCGGAUUUUUUGUUUGAGCCUUGGCUCUAGAGGUCUGCCUUGUCCACUUAAUUUCGAGGAUGAAAUAAACCACAUCAAUAACGUUGUGCUGGGGAUAAGAAAAGAAAGUUACAUUUAUGAUAAAGAAUUAAUUGUAAGUUACGCCGACUCCAACAUCAGUAUUUUUGUAUGAAACUUCUACUUAGGACAACCUGUAUUUACCUCUACACCUCCCGUUACGGUCGAUGUAUCUGCUAUCAGAGCAUUGGUCCGAGUAAACUGUUCGGCAACUGGGUUGCCUCUACCUAAAAUCACGUGGUACAAGAACAACGUCAGCAUACCCGUUUUUAAUAACGUCACCAGAGAUGAAGUUACGAGCGAGCUUGUGAUUGGUCAGUUCCAACCCUCAGACCAGGCUACGUAUAAGUGUGUUGCUCGUAACAUGUAUAACGAUGAGGUAAACGCUACGACAAACGUAGGUAAGGAGUCUGCCAUUUAAGUCUUCUCAUGUACUGCGGUACUUAAUUAUACGUCCUGAAGUUUAUUAUUAACUGUCCUCGGCUAUAAGUUUAUAUGUUAUAGGUACAGCGAGUUUUCUACACACGUGGCCAUCGUUCAUGCCAAUUUAUCAGAACAAAGAAAAAUAUUUGCAUUUUAAAAUCAGCUGGGUUUAUAACCACAGAGUAAUUUGUGUCAGUAUUUUUGUAUGGGCAAACAGACGAUCUGGGAACUGGUAUUUACAUGAAGAUGUCGAUUUGCUUGGAAAGGGGUCAUCGUGUUUUAUCUGAAAAAGUUUCAAAGGUUUUAAGAUUUAAGGUUUUAAGGAAACAGACGGUAAUGUUCUCUUAUAUUUUUAUAAGAGGUCUGUUCCAGGCGUUCAGCGAAUUCUAGUGGCAAAUGCAGGAAUUUAAAAAAGCACGAGAGUGUAGGGCGGAAGGUAUUUGGACAAGAACCGCAAACAGACUCUCUCGCUACCCCUCAAUUUUUGAUGUUGUUGCUGCUGUUGGUUAGUGUUCCAACUCGUGCCGUGUCACAUAUUUUUCUGGAAGCCUGGAAAAGACAACUUAAUUUUUAACCUAUAAAAAAUGCAAAGUUUUUUUAGAGCGGAUCUUGACUGCAACAUUCUUGUUUUAUUGUUGUUGUUAUUGUUAUUGUUUGUUUGUUUGUUUUUUACUUAUUCUUCAGCUUCUUUUUUGUUUGUUUGUUCAUUUUAUUUUAUUUUUUUUUUUUGCAGUUUUACGUGACUGCGGUGACCCAGGUGAACUAGACAAUGCAGUUCGCGUUAUCAGCCAAAGCAAGAAUCACUGGGCAGGAGAAUAUGUCAGGUACCUCUGUAAUCCGGGAUAUACUAUGGUUGGCCCUGCCGUCAGGAGAUGCUUGCCCAGCGGUGGAUGGAGUGGAUAUACACCAAUAUGUAAGAGUUUCGGAUAUUUCUGUGUAUGUAAGUGUAUGUAAUGUGUGUAGUGUGUGUAGUGUGUGUAGUGUGUGUAGUGACAUGCCUAUCAUCAGUGAGGGUAAAGUAAUAUAUACAGUAUGGAAUGGUCACUAGGGCUAACUACAUGUAACUUGUAGCUCCUACCGUAAAUUUGAUCGAGAUCAAUUCAACACUGGAGACAAAUUUGCUCCUGGAUAUAAGUGGCAAAUAUAAUUUGUGAAAACUAUUAAGAAGUAGAUCUGGCGCAAAGAUGGUAAAUGCCACAUUUGCCUGGUUAUUUACAGCCCUGUGGCAUUUACUAUCUUUGCCCCAGAUUUACUUCUCAGCUUUAAUUUACAUUUUUGCGACAUAUAAUUUGAGGGUCUCAAUGGACCGAGUUAACCGUAAGCCGUCAAACGGCUUUAAAAUUUGACCAAAUAAAUGGGGGGUCCUGCUUAGCGUUUGUGUGUGUUAAAAGUGGGAAGGUGGAAUAAGUUAAACGCUGAUAAUUGCAAAUAAAACUCCAACGUUUUGGCAAUGCUGCCUUCAUCAGGGAACACUACUAAACGUAUAUUCUCUGUAUAAUUCAUAUUGUAAUUGAAUUAGCUUAAUACAUACUAUAAUUUUUAUUUUGCGACAGCUGGUACUGUUUGUAAAAUAUUUCUUUUUUCCUUUCCUUUCUUUAAAUUUGUGUGUCUCUUACCCCACCUCGAUUAGGCUCUCCUAUACGCGGGUGGAAGCUAUCGUGAAAUUGUAAAUUGAGACUGAAUGAAUAAAGUUGAAGUAUGUACAUGUGAUUUCGUGAUAGCGGAACAUUUUAAAAGUUGAAACGUCGGAGUUUUAUUUGCAAUUAUCAGCGUUUAACUUACCACCUUCCCAUUUUUAAAAUUUGACCGUCAACCGUAAAGAAAGACAUUUCUUUACCGUAAACCGUCAAAAAUGCAGCAGAGCAAUACUAACCGUCAAAACCCUCACAAUACCUUUGGUUACAACUUGCUUUUAUCUGAAAAUAUUUCGAAAUUUUAUCUGUGAAAGGCCAAGGCAGCCUUAAAAACACAACAGUUAAUAUGUAAUACGCCAGCAGCUCUGAGGAAACAUUGACAGGUGAGUUUGCCAUGGUCUUAACUGUAGUCAAGUUUCGUCCUCGUUCGCUGCGCACUUCGCGGUACGCCUUCCGCUCCCUGUUGCACCCUACCAUUACUUCUGGCCGUCCAAAUGGUAAAUGUAUAGUCUCAGUCGUCGACAAACAAACAGAGGCGCAGCCGGUGUGGUUUUUUAAAUCAGGUAGCGUAAAAAUUCAAGCCAAUUUUUUUUGGAAUUGGUAUUGUUUAUUUGAAAAUUGAUUUUUGUAAUAUUAAAUGUAAAAAACGCUUAAGUGAUUGUACACGCACGUUACUGUUUGUCUUAUCCAUCCUAAGAGUGUCCAGGAAUGCUAUUGAAUUGCAAACAGUGUCCUAAAUAUGUUAAUGAAUAGUGUUUAUCCGGGUUUCCUUUUCUUUUUGUUGAAAAACAUUUCUUCGGAUAAUUUUCUCUGUUAUUUUUAAGAGCAUCCAAUCAUCAACGUGUUGACAAAAUGAAUUAAACUGACUUUUUAGGCUUUCACAUCUGAAUUCAAAUUUCGCAUCAACCCUGGGUUAUCUUAACCGGCCAGCUUUGAACAACCCGGCCCAAGUAUUGUUAAAAGGACACAGUCAGCUAUGGGACCGCGUUGACCUGGACACUACUUUUGUCAGUUUGAAAAGCGUUUACCUCAACCCGGAAUCAAAUGUACGCGUUGGGUACAUCUAGAAAUCUGCUUCAAUCUUGCAUAGUGUUUCAUUCGAACCUCGAUCUUUUACAGAAAACCUCUUUUUGAGCAAACUUUUACUGAUCCUAUGACAUUAUUUUAUCAUAUUUGGUUAAAGACAGUAUCCAAAGGAACACGAACCGAAGAGAUGAGAAACGCGUAGGCUCCGGGCGUAGGCUCCGGGCGGGAGAAAUCGUUUCCCAAAAUAACAAAAGAAAUGAAUCAAUGACAUUGGAGAGCAAAUAAUCGUCAUAUAUAUUUAGAAAAUCGAUGGAAAAGGUUACAUAUGUUUGGAAAAUCAAGCUUUCUCGACCUUGAACCUUCGGCAAUGAUUCAUGCAGGCUCCGUGUCAUUUCUAUUUUUCCGGCAGGACUUUUCCGCAGGUGGCGGGUGGCGGGUGGCGGGUGGCGGGUUAAAAAUAUAAAUGAAAUAAAAUAUUAUAACUCGUUAUGGUGUAAUUGAUACUGAUACAACCGUAUGUUAUAAUUUUAAAGCAUUUUCAACGUUUAUGUACUAGCUACCAGACUCCAUAUAAAAGUAUUGUCUUGUCUUGUCUUAUCUACUUACGCGGACUAUUUUUAUUUUCUCAAAUAUGGAAAAAAAACGAGAAAUCGUGCCUGUGAAAACAGUCACUUCUCCUAGCUCUGGACCGCAAGUGACGUUUCGCCAGGCUACACGGGGUGUGUCAAAUGAAAAUGGGCUAUGUCAAGCAAGACAUAUGGCACGUGUCGAAGCGAAUUUUUUGGUACAUGCAUCUCUACAAUGCCUUGUUAAGUAAGCGGGCGUGUGGUAAGAAAGACGUCCGACUUCUUAGCUAGGUAUAAGCUUCUUCAAUAAAGGGUGUGAAAGAUAAAUAACUGUGAGAAAGAGACUACAUUGACUGUAUAUAAAACAACGUGGCAGGUCUAUUAUAAUUAUGGGGAGGGAGGGAGGGAGGCAGGGGUACGGAGUACGGUGUUAGUGGCAGGGGGUGACGCGUAAAGAAGGGUUUUUAUGAGGGAUAGGGUUGAGAAGUAGGCCUUCCGUGUCGUAGCUCAGUUUUUGCCCUAGUAUGCGAAAUGAUUGCCAUCCUAUUCAGUAUUUUUACGUAGUAUUUAAAAAAUGCAGAUCCUUUUUGUAUAUAUAUACAACGAGAUCAAUUCGCGUCCGAGGUGCCACAUGCGGCGAAAACGGUCCAUGCUGUGUCAAAACCGUUGUUGCUCCUUCUCUGGUAGCAUUAACAUUGACAGCUUUGUUGUUUUAGUCUCAGGAAAAUUUCCUUGUUUUCUCGAAAUAGACAUUUUGUUCAUUUUAAAAUACAAGUCGGGAACCAAAUUGGCAAAGAUUUAUUCCACGGGCAAUGCAAUGUUUAUCCCAACUUAUAACAAAAGAACAAACGCACUUGACAAAAAUCUGAGACACUGUUCAAACAUGUCGAGAAGAGAAUGCGAUCUUACUUGUCUGGUCUCAGUUCACGUGUAGAAGAAUAUUGCUAAAAUAUCACUUUUUGUAAUGUUUAUCAUCUUUUUUCUUUUUUUGGUUUCCACUUUUUAUUUUUAUUUAUUUUUUAUUUUUGACGGCCUGACAAUUUGUCACCCGUCACCCGCCACCCGACACCCACGGAAAAGUCCUACCCCUAUUUCUCACGUCUACUGACGAUCGAAUUCGGAAGCAUUCGUCGAUGUUUGGCUUUCCCUGGACAAAUCCAUCGGUGAAUUCCCAAUAGUAUAUAAAAAAUGAGUGCUCUGAUUUGGCAUAGGGUCUAUAAUCACGAUUUCGGUUUGAAACUAGUUCAACUCUACAGGUUUUGUGUAGGUAUCCCGAAUGCGCUUCUCACUUUCUGUUUCACGCGUGUGUCUCGUGAUAUGCAAAUCAGCUAAGAAAUGGUAUGAAAUGCGCAUGUGGAUCAGCUGACUGUUUAAAAAGCAAACAGUUGACAACGUCUUAGAUGUAAUCAUUACUUUUAUUUAUUGGGAAUUCCACAUGUAGAAAAUUACUGUAAUUUACUAGAAAAUGAAACCGUUACUGGGAGGUCUUCUUAACUCGUGUUGGUGUUAAAGACCAUUUUAGACCACAGUUUUUGUGGUGAACGUCGGGGGACAAUGAAUUGUGUUUGAACACUGGUUCACUUACACUACACCUCUCAAUUUUACACAUUUUAAGGGAAUCAUCAAAGCCUUCACUGGAAUGUGUGUGCGGCUCACGUCAAUAACUUUUCCAGUAAUUUGGUCGAGUGCCGUUGAUUUUAGUGACUUGAACGGCGCUAAUGUGAGCUGGUUUAUAGGUUUUCCGAGUAAAUAACAUACAGCUAAAAUGUUCGUUUGUCAAGUCAUGAUGAAAUGGCGCCGCCGAGCCUCACAUCUCGGUAGAUUUACUUUGUGGAUCCAACGGCCGCCGACCUACACAAUUUGGUAGAUUUACUUUGUGGCACAACGGACGCCGAGCUACACAACUCAGUAAAUUUACUUUGCCCCACUUACGUCUGCUGAUUUGAGAGGGAAAAAAAACGUAGACUAAUCACAGCAACUUCCAGAUCUGGGAAGUGCACUUUGGACCUUGAGUAAUUUCGCGCUUGACUUAGCUUUUGAAAAGAUCAGAAAGGUCUCAUGAAAGGUGAAGACCUUAAAGUUUUAAAACGAACUACUCAGUUAACUCACAAGCGUUUGUACUAGAGGUUACCCUCACAAUCUCAUUGGAAAAAAUUACCUCGAUCGGAGGUUAAAUUUUCUGAACAGAAGUCCGCUUUACUACAAAACAAUAAAGAGUGAAAAAAAUUUUGCCUUUUGUUCAGUUACAAGGUAACCCCGCAGUUGCAUCACCCAAAGAACAA